AUGACUACGGCACCUCGUGUCUUUCAUCACGUACCCCGGCCUAUCAGCCUCUUCGAGUUCAAAGAUGCCGUCGAAGCAGUAUGCCGUCCACGGUUUCCAACCGCCCGCUUCGCUAGGCCGCAGCGUAUAGUGCUGGCUACUAGUGGAGGCGUUGACUCAAUGGCUCUCGCCUUUCUCAUGUCUAGACUUGUUCGCACAUUUCGCGGAAUCAAAAUCGCCGACAAUCCUGUCCAUGGCGUUCUAGCUCUCGUUAUCGACCAUCAACUGCGCGAUGGAAGUGCCAAAGAAGCUAAAAAGGUAGCUGAAGAGUUGCGCAAGCUUGAAAUCAAAGCCAGCGUUUCGACUCUUGCUUGGAAAGAUGAGAAACGCAUGGGCCUCGAUCCACGUGAACUUCCUAAUAUCGAGGGCCUUGCUCGAACCUACAGAUACCGUGCGCUUGGUCGAUAUUGUGCUUAUCAUGGCGCCGAUAGUCUUUUCUUUGCGCACCAUGAAGACGACCAGUAUGAGACGAUAUUGAUGCGAUUGCUCGGUGGGCAUGGGUACCGAGGCCUGCAGGGGAUAAGGGAGGCCAACUCGAUCCCCGAAUGCUACGACUUGCAUGGCGUGUACAAGAGUGGUCUACUGGAUGAUCAAUUGAGAGAUAACCCGUCUCUGAGUUUCAGACCAGCUCAGCGCGAGAUGAAGCGCUUGAGACGAUCAAUCCGAGACGAUUUGACCCUCGAGCCAUCUCCUGCUUUGGCAGCUUUUCCUCGAGACCUGGUAGACUCUUAUCCAGGAUCACCCGAGAUCGAAAGACCGUCCAAUGUUCCCUAUCUCAAACCCUUGGAUGUUGAAGAUGGCGGUGUCAUGAUAUAUCGCCCACUUCUCGGAUUCGACAAGGACAGACUUAUUGCUACUUGCGAAGCCAACAAAGUCCCCUGGGUAGAAGAUGCAACGAACAAGGAUCCUACAUUGACGACACGAAACGCUCUCAGGUACCUCGUGAGAAACCAUGAAUUGCCGAGAGCCUUGCAAAAGCCAUCCAUUCUGUCUAUGAGCCAGAGAUCGAAACAGAGAACCGAGUUUGAAGAUGCAGAGGCAAGACGCUAUCUCAUUCGAGAAGCUGUCGUCAAGGAUUUUGAUCCUAAUGCAGGGACCUUGUUAAUACAGUUCCCGGCCCGGCGUCCAUUCGAGAAACGAUCCAAGAGGCGUUCAUUUGACACCGAGAAUGAGCUACGUAAGGAACAUCGAAAGACCAUCAUGAGCAUCGCAGUUCGCAAGCUUAUUGAUUUCGUUACCCCUGAAUAUCACCUGCCACCCCUGGCAAACUUGGAAAACGUUGUGAAUAAUAUCGUUCCUGGUAUGGCUCCCAAAGCAAAUCUUACCCCCAAGGCAUUCACCAUGUCCGGUGUGUACUUCCACCCAAUCGUAGAAGGAAACUUGGUCAGAUGGUUUCUCUCCCGAGCACCCUACACAUCGAAGCAAACCCUUCCCACUGCAAAGCUUUACUUACCCACAUACUAUUCGCCACCAUCCCCUGAGUUCAUGGCAGAAGAAUUUGCCGAAGCUACGCCUUCGUUUGGCCACUCAGGGUGGAUGAAAGCCAAGACGUUCGAUGGCCGUUUCUGGGUGCGCAUCGGACGAAACAGGUGGCCCAUGUGGCAGGUCCAUCCAUAUCGCGCGGAGUACGCCAAAGCAUUCCGCAGGGCACUGCCUCCGAUGCGAAGGGCCCGGCUGGAGAAGUUGCUCAAACACUACGCACCGGGGAAGAUUCGAUACGCACUUCCAGCCAUAUACGGCGUCGACCGCAAACCGGAUCCGUACUCGACCCAUGUAACCAAAACCCUGACGCUUCUCGCGCUGCCGACUUUAGGAAUCCAUAUACCUGGCCUUGAGCGAUGGGUCAAAUACGAUGUCAGGUAUAAGAAGGUCGAUAUUGGACUACUGGGACAUCAACCUCGGAGGGAGAAGAAGAAAAGGCUAGCGGUGCAUCGGCCUCUGUUUGGACCUGCGCGUAAAAAGAGGCUGCGCUUGAUGGGCCGGUAUGGACCGCAGUAG